AUGUGUACUUCAAAUGAUAUCUACGAGCGUGAUACGAAGAGGGAUAAUCAAUCCGCACCGAACGUUGACGUGCGACCUACAGUAAAAGAUGACCACUUCUCGCUGCUGCUGACUAACAUCAGCAAUAACGUUCUGGAAAGUGAUGUGGAGUCAAUGUCGAAUCUGAGUCUGAAACUGAGGCUGAAUCUGACUUUGGCUCUGAAUUUGACUACGAAUCUGACUCUGAGUCUGACUCUGAAUCUUACUCUGAAUCUGACUCUGAAUCAGGUUUUGAAUCUAACUCUGAAUCUGUGUCUAAAUCUGAGUCUGAAUCUGGGUUCGAAUCUGAAUAUGAAUCUGACUCUGAAUCCUAGUCUGAAUCUGAGCCUGAAUAUGAGUCUGAAUCUGAGUCUGAAUCUGAGUCUGAAUCUGGGCUCGAAUCUGAAUCUGAAUCUGAAUUUAAAUCUGAAUACGUGUCUGAAUCUGAGUCUGAAUCUGAGCCUUAAUCUGAGCUUGAAUGUGAGUCUGGUUCUGAAUGUGAAUCUGAAUCUGAGUAUGAAUAUGACUCUGAAGCUGACUCUGAAUCUAAUCUUUAAUCUGAUUCAGAAUUUGACUCUGAUUUUGACUCUGAUUUUGACUCUGAGUUUGACUCUGAAUCUCUUGAAUGUGAGUCUGUAUCUGAAUGUGAAUCUGAAUUUGAGUUUGAAUCUGAGUCUGACGCUAACUCUGAUUCUGAUCCUAAAUCUAACUCAGAAUUUGACUCUGAUUCUGACUCUAAAUCUGAGUCUGAAUCUGGCCCUGAGUCUGACUCUGUAUCUGAAUCUAAAUCUGAAUCUGAGUCUGAAUCUGAGUUUGAAUCUGAGUCUGAACCUGAGUAUGAAUCUGACCCUGAAGCUGACUCUGAAUCUGAUCCUUCAUCUUACUCAGAAUUUGACUCUGAUUCUGACUCUAAAUCUGAGUCUGAAUCUGGCCCUGAGUCUGAUUCAGACUGAUUCUGAGUCGGAUCUGAUCCCGAAUCUGAGUCUGAAACUGAGUCUGAAUCUGAGUCCGAAUCUGGGUUCGAAUCAGAGACUGAAUCGGAAUAUGAAUCUGACUCUGAAUCUGAAUCUGAAUCUGAAUCUGACUCUGAGUCGAAUUUGA